UUCGUUCCGGGAAGAGGAGGAGGAACUUGCUGCCGUUGCCAAGGGCGCAGUGGUGCCGCCGUCCAAAUGGAACCCAACCUGCACUUCUGGAUUUCCGAACGCCAAUCCUUUUUUCGAAGAUUUUGUCAGUGGAUGGAUUUAUUAGAUCCUGUCAACUUGUUUAUUUCCAUUAAAAGCAUAGAAAAAUCACGACAGCUGUUGUUUACCACUGAAGAUGCACCCAAACACUACCAGGAUAACCAAGGGAUUAGAGACGCAUGGAAUAAGAGUCUUUCAACUGUGCAUCCUGACAGCAGCAAUCUGAUACCCUAUCUUCUCCGACCUGCAGUUCUGUUGUUGAUGCCAGACACUGGAAUAAAGUCCAUCAUUUUAAGUCAGGCUUGCUUGUAUGGAUACACCACAGCCUUUAACAUCACCAAUGGAAACGCCAGUUAUAGUCAUGGACCAGUAGAGAGAACAUUAUUGGGAGCAGGGGUGUUUGUGUCUUCAACUUUCUUUGGAUUAAUUCCUCAUCUCUUUCAAAUGAAGUAUCCCCUGAAUAACUUUUGGCUUAAAAGAACCUUGCCUAUCGUCUUUCUUGCCCAAGUCAGUGGAAUGAAUGUUUUUGCAUCCCGCAGUUUUGAACACCAUCGAGGAAUUGAGGUGAUGGAUAAGGAAGGCCAUGUCGUGGGCUAUUCCAGAAAAGCUGGGAGAAAGGCUAUUAAAGAAACAGCAAAAUCCAGAGCAGUGCUGUUCGGAACCUCAGCCUUGGCCCCUGAACUCUUUAUCCACAUUUUCAAAAGGACACGGUUUUACCCACAAACCCUGCUGUCAUUAAAGAUCUUGAGAAUGAGUUCUACAUUCUUUAUGAUGGGACUGAUGGUGCCAGUGUCAUUCAGCAUGUUUCCACAAGUUGGACAGAUCCAGUGCAGUCAGCUUGAAGAGAAGAUUCAGUCUUCUACAGAAGAAAAGGAACUCUUCUAUUACAGAGGGGUAUAAGAGCAAGUUUAUCUCCUGUUUAGAAAUCUUUGGCCCCUCAAGGUUUGUUCAGAGAGCACUGCCUUGGUCCUCGGGGUUCCCAGCAACACUUGUGCAGCAGCAAGCUGGCUUCAGUGCCUACUGUACUUGGGGUUCUGAGUCUGACUGAAAGAAGAGCAGCACCCAGGGGACUGCUGAGAGAACCGUGGAUGAAGUAAGUUGGCCCAGGAAAGGAUGUGAACCUGUGAAUAAACCUGUCUGAAGUUGAGUACUUGAAAAAAAUCAUCUAAAGGUAUACCUUAUCUGGGAUACAAACACUACAUUGAUAGCCUCCUGAUAGACACAAAACCCUUGUGAGCUCAUUAAGGCUUCUAGUCCCUAAAGUAAUCCUAUUUCCCUAUUUAUUUCAUCUGAUCCCAUGCUGCAUUCUGUCUGCUUCCCUGGUUUCUGUUUGACAGGAAGCUGUUACUUCUAUAUCUAGAAUAACAAA